AUGCCGGCCAACAUCAAACGCGAUCGAAUCAUUCUCAGUCACCCCUCCGGGUCCUCUGCGGAGAUUCUGUUGUACGGAGCAACUGUGAUCUCCUGGAAAUCGAUUGGGCCGGACGACAGCACACCGAGUGAACGUCUCUUUGUUUCUGGCAAGGCCGCUACGGAUGGGAGCAAGCCCGUUCGAGGAGGCAUCCCCGUAGUCUAUCCCUGCUUUGGUGCCCCUACACACCCCGAUCACAUGAAACUUCCCCAGCAUGGAUACCUGCGCAACAAUGUUUGGCAAUUCGACGGCAUUCCUAUGGACAACGAGGCAGGCGUGACGCUGAGGCUCACAAUGGCGCCUAAUGCGGCCAUGAAGGAGCAGUACUCCUACCCAGUCAGGCUUCAAUACGUGGUUACCCUUGCCCCCCACCAGCUCAGCACGGACCUUCAUGUGAAGAAUGUCGCAUCCAGCGACUCCUCCCCUAUGGAGUUCCAGGCGCUUUUCCACAAUUACUUCCGAUGUGUUGCCAACGAUGCGCUCGUCUAUCCUCUCAAAGGUCUUUCUUACCUCGACAAGACGGAAGCCACUCCUGAGCUCCGCAGCUCUACCAAGCUAGAACUUCGCGACGGCGUCGAUGUGAAGAAGUUCACCGAUUCUGUAUACCUGGACGGACCGAAAAGGUACACGCUCAGGUGGCCAGGCGGAGAGAUCGACAUCAACACCAACCUCAACGACGUCGUCGUCUGGAAUCCGCAGCAAGAGGCGGGCUCCAAGAUCGGCGACAUGGAAGAUGGCGGAUGGGACAAGUAUGUUUGUGUGGAGCCAGGUACUGUUCGUGGAUUCAUCACGCUUCCUCCCGGAGAGAACUACAUCUGCCGCCAAACGUUGACCGUCAAAGUGUGA